CACUCGCGUCGCAUUCGUCCGCCGACCGUUUCUUCUCGCGGUGAGUGCAGCGAGCACGAUACAGCGCACGAUAUAAUCCACGGGGUCUUCGAUCCGAUUUGUUAACGUACGCCUCAACUCGGCCGACUCGGCUGAGUCUCUCUCUCUCUCUCUCUCUCUCUCUCUCUCUGGAUCUCCUCGAUCGCGGGUGAGUGCGUGUAAAAGCUUACGGCCGCUGACGUGCGUAUACAAUUUGGAGAAACGUUAACGGGAAGUCUUCGAAAGGAUCGUUCUUCUCGGCCGCGAGAAUGGAGCAGAGCAAAACGGAUGACGUAGCGCCGGACAGGAUAGCCGAGACUCUUGCCGGUCAGAAAAUACUGGUGACCGGUGGGACGGGAUUCUUGGGAAAAGUGUUGAUCGAGAAGCUCCUGCGGUGCCUGCCCGACAUUGCGCACAUUUACAUGCUCAUCAGAACGAAGAAGGGCAAGGAUCCGAAGCAUCGGCUGGACGAAAUAUUUAGUUCUCCGCUCUUCGAGAAAGUGAAGACUCAAAGAGGACUGUCGGCGCUUGAAAAAACGGUAACGGCCAUUAGCGGUGAUGUGUCAAUGCUGGGACUUGGAUUGUCCCCGGAAGACAGGAAGAUGCUUAUUGAGAACGUUACCAUCGUGAUUCACGGAGCAGCUACUGUCAGAUUCGAUGAGCUGUUAAAGAGAGCGGUACUGCUAAAUACACGUGGCACGAAGCAGAUGGUAGAGCUGGCCAAAGAAAUGAAGCAUUUAAUUCUGUUCGUUCAUAUCAGCACAGCCUAUUGCCAUCUCGAAGAAAAAGUUUUGGGCGAGAGAACAUAUCCCCCGCCCGCGGAUCCUCAUCAAGUGAUCAAAUGCGUCGAAUGGAUGGACGAUGACGUGGUCGAAGCUAUGACAGACAAGAUUCUGGGAAAAUUGCCUAAUACGUACGCUUUCACAAAGGCCUUAUCAGAGAGCAUCGUCGAAGAAUCUAUGCAGCAUAUUCCAUCGAUAAUUUUGAGGCCGAGCGUAGUUAUUCCCAUCUGGAAGGAGCCGAUACCCGGUUGGACAGACAAUAUCAACGGGCCGACCGGUCUUCUGAUCGGUGCUGGGAAGGGAGUGAUCAGGACAAUGUAUUGCAACGAAAACGGCUACGCCGAUUAUCUGCCUGUCGAUAUCGCCGUCAAUGGUAUUCUCCUUACCACGUGGAAUUUUAUUUAUUUCAAGGAUCACGAGAAACGUGUUUAUAAUAUGACGAGUAGUAAUGAGUUCAAGGUUACCUGGGCGGAAAUAAUAACACGCGGCCGAAAGAUAACGGAAAAGAUACCUCUGAACGGAGUCGUCUGGUAUCCAGGUGGUAGUUUGAAGAAAUCGCGAUUUAUCCACAACAUUUGUAUAUUACUCUUCCACAUGAUUCCGGCCUACAUCAUCGACGCGCUCCUCUUUCUGGCAGGGUAUAAACCGAUCAUGUGCCAUGUACAACGCCGUAUAAAUAAGGGAUUUGAAGUUUUCGAAUAUUACGCCAAUAAUCAGUGGGACUUCGAAAACACGUAUGUCGAUGAUAUAAGGGCAAAGCUCAACAGCACGGAAUAUAAAAACUAUCAAGUGCACGGCGAGGACUUGGACAUAGAUGCGUACUUCGAGGAUUGCAUUCGAGCUGCCAGAAUUUACAUCUUAAAAGAACUUCCAGAAACACUGCCGGCCGCUCGUCGACAUUUGAGAGUUAUGUACUGGGUGGAUGUAAUAACAAAGAUACUUUUCUUCCUGCUCAUCAUCUAUCUGCUAGCAUCCUGGAGUGAAAGUUUUAGAACUUUACUCACAACCGGCGUGACGUACGUUACAAAAUUAAUUAAUAAUUUGUAAUUUAAUCAAAUUAGGAUUUUCAUCGCGCAAAGCUUGUCUAAUUCGAUCCAAUUAUCGAUCGUUCUACAAUUUAAUCUCAAGGACGCGAUGGGGGUUAAGUAUAUAGCGGUACCUUGUAGUGCACGCUACAACCUAUAAUAUGCACUAGAUACGGAUAAAAAAAACAUGUAAAUAAAAGUGUUAUUUACACAAU